GCUUCCCCAACUAGCCUGUAGGUGGGUGUGUUUAACAGAAGGAAGCAAUGGGAACCCGCCUGUCAGCCAGCCUUUCGAGCUAAUUAGCUCAGCAUACAACAAAGAUAAGUGAGCCUGGGAAGAGGGCCCCCUGAGGGGUCUUUAGAUUCUGGGAAAUGUCUGAUUGGCAGAUGUUAAAAGGGAUUCUUUGGUAAUCCAGUGCAUCAAUGAGCUGCAGAAAUUCAGCCCAGGACUGCAAGAAUUCAGGCAUGAGGACACUCUGUACAGGAGGCUCACACAGGCAGACCCAAGAUGGACAGAACCUUGGAAUCUCUGAGACACAUCAUUGCCCAAGUCUUGCCUCACAGAGAUCCGGCUCUAGUCUUCAAAGACUUGAAUGUUGUAUCAAUGUUACAGGAAUUUUGGGAAAGCAAGCAGCAGCAGAGAGCCGCAUUCCCAAGUGAAGGCAUGGUGGUCUAUGAGUCACUGCCAGCUCCUGGCCCUCCCUUUGUGAGUUACGUGACCCUCCCAGGGGGAAGCUGUUUUGGCAACUUUCAGUGCUGCUUAAGUAGAGCUGAGGCCAGGCGGGAUGCAGCUAAAGUGGCCCUGAUCAACUCCCUCUUCAAUGAGCUGCCCUCUCGCAGGAUCACCAAGGAAUUCAUUAUGGAAAGUGUUCAGGAAGCAGUAGCCUCCACCAGCGGCACUUUAGAUGAUGCAGAUGACCCCAGCACCAGUGUUGGAGCCUAUCACUACAUGCUGGAGUCAAAUAUGGGGAAGACCAUGCUGGAGUUUCAGGAGCUGAUGACCAUUUUUCAACUAUUGCACUGGAACGGAAGCCUAAAAGCCCUUCGUGAAACAAAGUGUUCCCGACAGGAAGUCAUCUCCUACUAUUCUCAGUAUUCUCUAGAUGAAAAGAUGCGCAGCCACAUGGCCCUGGACUGGAUCAUGAAGGAGCGGGAGGCGCCAGGGAUUGUCUCUCAAGAGCUACGAACGGCCCUCAGGCAGUUGGAGGAAGCCAGGAAAGCAGGACAAGAACUACGGUUUUACAAAGAAAAGAAAGAAAUCCUGAGCUUAGCCCUGACUCAGAUCUGCAGUGACCCUGACACUUCCUCACCCAGUGAUGAUCAGCUGAGUCUCACAGCCCUAUGCAGCUAUCACUAGCAAGGCCAGGCCCCAGGUGCCCCCAGUGAUGGCAGAGGCCAGACUCUAGCAUUAGGAGUCUCAGUGAAGAGGUCUUCAGAGGCUCUAGCAUCUUUAGCUACUACCUGAAGGCUGUCCUAAGCCUCUCCACACAAUGCAUUUACAGAGUAUGAGAGUUGUAGGACCCUUAACAAGUCCCAACAAGCCACCCAAUAUGUUUGUUUCCAUGACACUCUCCAUAGUUACAGCUCAGGAUGAAAGGAUAGACACAGAAUUGUUUGAAAAAACAUUUUCCAGGCCUAGCUCCAACCUAAAGCCUGAUUGACAUGUGCCUUGCUAGACUAUAUAAGUUGUUUCAAAGAAUAGGUCCAAGAUAGCAUUGCCCAAAAGAACAGCACCCAGAACUAGGUGAAGUAGCAUGACAGCAGUUUUUAAAAAAUACUUAGGAUUAAAUAAAUAAUACUAAUUGUUUUUAAAAAUAUGCAAGGAUCAGAGUCUUUUUCUAAGCUUUGUAAGCUAAGCAAUAGUUUAUGUCCUAUGAGAUACACUCCAAAGCUCCAGUGGAAAUUCUAUUUAGACAUCCCACCCAAAGAUCUUGAAAUAGUAAUAGUAUGAAAAUACUAAAUAAAAUUAAUGUUUAAAAUGUUUUGUAAUAAUAAUUUUUAUAAAACCCAUACUGUUCUGUAUUUGGGGAUAAAUAUCACCUAGAAAAGUAGCUUCACUCUUAUUCCUCAAGAAUUAAUAUCCCAUUUUUAUGAGUCUUGCAGUCGAUUAUGUUCAUUUUCAAUUUGCAAAUAGAUAACCUAAACUAAUUUGUUCUUACUUCUGCCACUGCAAACAUAGCUACAGGGAGCAAACUUGAUAGCAUUUUAAAGAUUAAAACAUUUUGAAAAAUUAUUAGCAUGUAACAAAGAAUGCUUGCAUUUGAUUAGUUUCACCAGCAUUUGAAAGCAGGAAUCCUUAGCUUUCAAAUGUAGUAUCGUUAUUAAAUUUAAGUAACUGGAAUCUUCUCUAAAGGAGGGAUGGCAUUGCUGUUGCUAUUUGACUCAUCAAUAUGGGUCAAUCAACUGAUCAAAAAAUCAAAAGCCAAUAAAAACUUUUUUUUUUCUUUUUUUUUUGUAGUAGAGAUGGGAUUUCAUUAUGUCACCCAGGCUGGUCUCAAACUCCUGAGCUUAAGCCAUCUGCCUGCCUCUGCCUCCCAAAGUGCUGAGAUUACAGGUGUGAGGAACUAUUUCCUGGCCUAAAAUAAUUUUUAGAUAGUUCCUGAUCACUCAAAUUUAAGAAUGUCCACAAUGUCAAUUUUAAAUGCUCAUAGGUAUUUCCAUAUCUAUAACAUGAAAAGGAUUAUUCUGGAUUUUAUCCAGUAGUUCAAAUUAAAGAAAACGUUUUUCUCAAUUUAAAAAAAUUUCUUUUUCUUUUGUUUGUGCAAGUGCACACUACCUUCACUGAAAGCAAAACCAUUAUAAUUAAAGUUUACAAAAUAUAAUAUUUUAACUUCAUAUCUAUUAAGUAUGUACAAAGGUAACUAUCACUCCUUAAAUCACAUAAAAACUACUGUAAGUGCUCAUGUAUUUUGGAAUUAGCAUUGAUAAUAAAAGAUCAUUAUGUAUCACAUAUCUCACACCAGGAGAAAAUUUAGCUAUGUAAUUGUCCCACUUUAAUAUCUUUUAAAGGUAAUAGUAAUUUUCAACACAUUUUAUUUUAAAACAUUAUUUUAACAAAAGUUAUGUUUCUCUCCACAAUGAGGCUAAAUGUUACCUAGAAAAGAAUUUUAUUCCCUUAUAUUCCUGAAAAAGAAUCAGAAUGAACAUUUUUAUGUUGAAUAAAUUUUAAAAUUUAGGAAACUUUCUAUUUAAAGUUAAUUUUUUUCAAAAAGUCAUUACUCUUUACACUGUCAUUUCCAAAAAGCCACAAUUUCCCAUGCCGGAUGUGAUUAAAGUUAGGCAGCCUUUACUGCAUUUGCAGCCUUUGACAAUUAUCUCCUCAAACUGACACCACCUUAAUUAGAUGCAGGGACAGGGAUCAGAUGAGACAAUAUCAAAUUGACUUUGUCCUACAAGUUACAAACUGCACCCAUUCUGUAAAUUGAAUACAGUGGUUCUCCCUUGGUCAUUGUCAGUUUUUCCUGCCCAGUCAAAACUGCCCAUUCUUCCUGGAAUGGUAUGAAAGCUUCAGCAAAAGAAAAGAAUCUUUGCUGGUCCCUUUAACGCUCAAUUGAUAGUAAAUGAAUUUCAGCUGAGACACAGGGCUGCCAGUAUAUCAUAUAAACAUCUUGAUAGCCUAGAGAAAAGAGGGUUGAAGAGCAAAGCAGAUUUUUUUUUUUUUCCUUUUCUAUAUCUUGUGCGGAACACCACACUGUGAUAAAGGGGACUAGAGUGGAAGCUUCCCUGUUUAAAUAUAUGAAGUUCUGGGUCCUAGCCUUUUUGGUUAUAAACCAUUUGAGACCCUGAUAAAAGCUAUAAAUCAUCUCCUAGGAAAAUAGAACAAAAUAUAUACAUUCAAAUUACACAUUUCCAGAGUAUAUGUGCCCCCUCUCCCGCACCAACAAAGUCCAUGUAUUGCCCUAGGGGUCCUUAGAUUCCUGUUUAGAACUGGUGGUUUUGAACACAACACAUAGGGUCAAACUUUACAUCAGGGAUCCAACAUAACUCAGACAUAGCCCAGGUGGCCUGUCAUAAUCCUAAAUCCAAAAUUGCACUGUAUUUGACAAGAGAUAGUUUAAUGUCCACCCAAUCCAAAUUUACCAUAUUAUUGUUUUGGAAAAGGAGGUUUAAAACAAAUUAGUCACUAAACUUGUGUGAAUGGGUCAGAAACUACAGAUUUAAUAAAGUUAUACCUCUAAUGUUCAGAA